AUGUUCUUCAAACUCUUGGUUGUCUGCAUUGCUUUUGCAGCUGUUUAUGCCGAACAUGGAUUCGACGUCUCGCGUAUCCCAGAAGACGUUCGAGCACUGAUACCAAAAGAAGUCAAAGAUUUCUACAAGGGAUUAACAGAUGAUGAUAGGAAAGUAAUAAAAGAAAUCAGAAAAAUGUACUGGUCUUUCCCCCACGAUGAAAAAUCUCUGGAAGUUCUAAAAGAAAAAAGCCCAUCGCUUCACGAGAAAGUAAUUGGCUUCCGUCAAAUGGUUGCUUCAAAAAUUGAAAGUCUCAACGAAGAAGCUAAAGCUUUUGCUAAAGAGGCAAUUGAAAGCUUAAAGCAGCUGUACCCCAAAGAAGUUGGUGAACCCUUCGACAAGAAAAAGCUCGGAGAAACACUGAAGGCUAUUCAUGAAAAGAAAGAUGCACUUUCAGAGGAGGCACAAAAGAGUCUUGAAGAACAAUUCCCUCAAACCACAAAAUUCUUCAAAAACGAGAAGGUUUGCAAUUUCCUCAAAGCUUACUUCAAAGGCGCUCAUUAA